AUGACGACGACGGAGGAGGAGAAGUCUUCUAUUUCUUCUUCGUUCACGGAAACGCUCUCCACAGACUUCAUCUCUCGGGAAGAAAUCGAGUCCAUGGCGAGAACGCAAAAAGAAGCCGUCCAAAAGUUGCAAAACGCGAGUAAAAAACUCGACCUGUUUACGCAUAAAUCGAAAGAGAACAUGGCAGACUCGAAGGAAAAACUCGCCGAAGCGGACGAGAGUUUACGAAAUAUAGCGGAAGAUUUGAGGUGCAUACACGGGGUGUGUGCGCGCGUGAAGAAAGGGUUGAAGAGUGCGAGUCAAGCGAACCCGAGAGUAGUUUGA